AUGGCAUCCUGUGCUGAGCCCUCUGCUGCAGACCCUGAGCCCACUGCUCCGCCACCUGCUGGGGUCCCACCACUUGAGGACUUCGAGGUGCUGGACGGCGUGGAAGAUGCUGAGGGCGAGGAGGAGGAAGAAGAGGAGGACCUGAGUGAGCUGCCGCCACUUGAGGAUGUAGGGCAGCCUCCACUGGAGGAGGCUGAGCAGCCCGGGGCCCUGGCCCGAGAGUUCCUGGCCGCCAUGGAGCCCGAGCCUGAACCCGCCCCGGCCCCCGACGAGUGGCUGGACAUCCUGGGGAAUGGGCUGCUGAGGAAGAAGACGCUGGUCCCAGGCCCACCGGGCUCCAGCCGCCCGACCAAGGGCCAGGUGGUCACGGUCCAGCUGCAGACCUCUCUGGAGAACGGCACACGGGUGCAGGAGGAGCCGGAGCUGACGUUCACCCUGGGCGACUGUGACGUCAUCCAGGCCCUGGAUCUCAGUGUCCCGCUCAUGGACGUGGGGGAGACGGCCAUGGUCACCGCUGACUCCAAGUACUGCUACGGCCCCCAGGGCAGCAGGAGCCCAUACAUCCCCCCGCACGCGGCCCUGUGCCUGGAGGUGACUCUGAAGACGGCUGUGGACGGGCCUGACCUGGAGAUGCUCACGGGGCAGGAGCGUGUGGCCCUGGCCAACCGGAAGCGGGAGUGUGGCAACGCUCACUAUCAGCGGGCCGACUUCGUGCUGGCCGCCAACUCCUAUGACCUCGCCAUCAAGGCCAUCACUUCCAGCGCCAAAGUGGACAUGACGUUCGAGGAGGAGGAGCAGCUCUUGCAGCUGAAGGUGAAGUGUCUGAACAACCUGGCGGCCUCGCAGCUGAAGCUGGAUCACUACCGCGCGGCACUGCGCUCCUGCAGCCUUGUGCUGGAGCACCAGCCUGACAACAUCAAGGCUCUCUUCCGCAAGGGCAAGGUGCUGGCCCAACAAGGCGAGUAUAGUGAGGCCAUCCCCAUCUUGAGGGCAGCCCUGAAGCUGGAACCUUCCAACAAGACGAUCCAUGCAGAGCUCUCGAAGCUGGUGAAGAAGCACGCGGCCCAGAGGAGCACGGAGACCGCCCUGUACCGGAAGAUGCUGGGCAACCCCAGCCGGCUGCCUGCCAAGUGUCCUGGCAAGGGUGCCUGGUCCAUCCCGUGGAAGUGGCUGUUUGGGGCAACUGCUGUCGCCUUGGGGGGCGUGGCGCUCUCUGUGGUCAUCGCUGCCAGGAACUGA